AUGAGUUACGAGCAAAAGAAGUUCAGUGGCAUAACCGUAAAUAUUUCAAACUUCACUCGACCAGCCAGCUUCCCGGGGCGAUUUCUCCCACCUCCGGUCACCGAUUCAGGCAAGACCGGUCACGUUAGAACCACCACACUUUCCUCUUCCAGUCCCAGCCCAUCUCAGUCUCGAUCUGCCGUCGUGGUAGCCGGAAACCGCCACGAAACAGGGCGGUUUGGACAGUUUUUAACGGAAUUUCGUGGAGCUCGUUCUCCCUCCUCCGGCCAUCGUUUCAGACGAGUGAGCGUAGAUAGCUCGGUUUACGAGCUAGGUUUCAGCAGGUUUUCGGGUCACUGUUCCGGCCACUUCCGGCCAGUUUUUGGGGCACCAGGCGCUGCCAGCGCGUGUGGCGGCGCGUGGGCAGCAGGGUGGGGACCACAGUCAGUCCUAGAAUGA